UGGGGAGGUGGUGGCGGUGGCGGUGGCGGUGGAGGAGGAGGUGGAGGAGGAGGAGGAGGUGGUGGUGGUGGUGGUGGAGGUGGAGGUGGAGGUGGAGGUGGUUGGGGUUGGGGAGGUAGUGGUGGUGGUGGCGGUGGCGGUGGCGAAGGGAAGAAGGAUUACAAGAUAGGAGAGUACGCAGAGUGCAUGGGGAGAUCAGGAAGGUGCAAAGGCAUGAGAUUGGAGUGCCCUCUCCACUGUGGUGGGCCUUGCUUCUACGAUUGCAACCACAUGUGCCAAGCUCAUUGCCGUCGUCGCCGUCCAACCCUCCACUCCAACAUCAACACUACUACUACUACUACUACCCCAUAA